AGGCGCACGUUCAUCAGUCGCUCGCUCGCUCAUGCGGCCGACGACGAAUCGACCCGCAAACUAAAAAAGAAAGAGGGAAAAAAAAAACUCCUCUCCUACCCCGUCCGUCUCCCUCCCCUCUCUCUCCAGAUCCGCACCGCCGCCGCCGCCGCCGCUCGAUCCUCCGCCACACCUGCCGGUCGGGAAUUGGUGGAGGCGCCGGGCGGGAGGAGGUGGUGGUGGUGGGUGUGAGCGAGCGACGAGAUGGCUGCGCCGCCGGCGAGGGCUAGGGCGGACUACGAUUACCUCAUCAAGCUCCUCCUCAUCGGGGACAGCGGUGUUGGCAAGAGUUGCCUCCUCCUGCGGUUUUCUGAUGGUUCCUUCACCACAAGCUUUAUUACCACAAUUGGUAUUGACUUCAAGAUAAGAACAAUAGAACUGGAUGGAAAGCGUAUUAAGCUACAAAUUUGGGACACAGCUGGUCAAGAACGUUUCCGGACAAUUACCACCGCGUACUAUCGUGGAGCCAUGGGUAUCCUGCUUGUUUAUGAUGUCACGGAUGAGUCAUCUUUCAACAACAUACGGAACUGGAUUCGGAAUAUCGAGCAACACGCCUCUGAUAAUGUCAACAAAAUUUUGGUUGGCAACAAGGCUGAUAUGGACGAGAGUAAAAGGGCUGUCCCUACCGCAAAAGGACAAGCACUGGCUGAUGAAUAUGGCAUCAAGUUUUUUGAAACUAGUGCCAAGACGAACCUUAACGUGGAGCAAGUAUUUUUCUCCAUCGCACGUGAUAUUAAGCAGAGGCUUGCUGAGACCGAUUCCAAGCCUGAGGACAAGACAAUCAAGAUUAACAAGACAGAGCAGGGUGCCGAUGCACCAGCAGCUCAGGGAUCUACAUGCUGCGGCUCAUGAGGGAUGCUCGCCUGCUGGACCUCCAUGAUCGCUUAUUAUUUGACAUUGUUUGUUUCCUGCCUUGCUGUUAUAGGAAAGAAUGUCAAGAAGACACCUGUGAUACAGAUGUGGUUGUACCUAUCUUUGCUUCCAUUCUUUGAAGCAACUACUCAUGCCUUUGACGUAGCUAUUGCAAUUGCCGGGUGGCUACUACUGUACGUUGGAUUUCAGUCCGUUGAACCGCAAGCUACAGUGUGUAAUGUAGUCCAUGCUGUUGGGUUUUCAGUUAAUCAAUCGAUGCAUGGAAUAGUGUGAAGCUGUUCCUGCAUUUCUGCUCCUCUUUUUCAGUAA